CACACAAUUGGAUAUAACCUAUUUCAGUUAUGCUAAUCUGUUUAUACUUGUACAAAAUACUCAAUUGAAGAGAACAAUCAAUUGAUUACAUAAUAUAUAUCAUUUAUAUAUAUAUAAACAUAUUCAUUCAUUUAGGAAAUGUUUUCUCUUAUUUAAAUUUUCAAAGUAUAAUCUUCCUACAUAACAUGAUGAACUCUUCCUAAACCAUAUUCUUAAAGGAAAACAGCGACGACGACAACAACAACAAAAACAACGACAAAAGUAACAACAAUAAUAAUCAUAAUAACAACAAUCAUUAUUCAUGUCUUUAAUGACAGCUGAUUUAUCAAAUCAAAUUCCAACUGUAUUAAUAAUGUUAGGUAUUAUAUGUUUAAUUGGAAUAUUUGGUAAUACACUUGUAAUUAUUGUAUAUUCAUUAAAACAAGAUCGUUUAACAGCUACAUUAUUUAUACUUAUAUUAGCUAUAUCAGAUUUUUUAGCAUGUAUUACAUUGAUACCUGGUACAAUGAUUAUAGAAUAUGUUGAAUGGAAUAUUGAUUCAACAUUUUUAUGUAAAUUUUAUUAUUUUAUAAAUAAUACUUUUAUACCAUUCAGUAGUUUAUUAAUUAGUUGUAUAGCAUUUGAUAGAUAUUUUUGUUUAUGUCAUCCAUUUAAAAAUAUUUUAACAAGAGAACGAGCUAAACGUGUCAUAUUAAUAUUGAUUUUUAUAUGUAUUAUAUUAGGAUUUAGUUCAACAUUUACUGUUAGAGUUGAACAAGUUCAUUUUGAUACAAAUAUAAUCAAUAAUAAUGAUAAUAAUCGUCAUAGCAACAAAACUAUAGAUUAUAAUUCAACUAUUAAAUUUGAUUAUUCAUUUAAUUCAUAUUAUAAAAGUGAAAAAUUUGAAUGUACAGAAAUAUUAAAAUUAAAUCAUACAAUGAUAGAAACAGUUUUAUAUCAGAUUGUACAAAAAAGUCAAACAUGCAGUUAUAUUUUAUGCAUUCUCUGCGUCGUUACACUUUAUAUAUUGAUUUAUCGUUCAGUAUCAAAAGUAUUUAAAAAACGUUUAGAAUUAAAAGGUGUAAAAAAAGAGAAUAAAAAUCAUAAAAAAAUCGAAAAAAAUCAUAAAAAAAAGAAAAACUGUCAAUUUACAUUUAGAAAUUUAUUUAAUUAUCAAUCGAAAAAAAUAAAAAUAUCCCCAAUGAAAUUAACAUUAACAAAUCAAGAUAAUCCAUUCACUCAAUGUGAUGGAUUCAAUCAACAUAUAAAUAAUACUAUAAUAUCUGAAUCAAAUUAUACAGAAACAAUGAAACCAUUAAAUGUUUUAUCAUGUAAUACUAUUGAUAUAAAAAAUAAUGAAGAAAUGAAUGAUCCAUCACAAAAACACGAUCAUCAUCAUCAUCAACAGCACCACCACGAAGAACAACAGCACCAGCACCACCACCACGAACAACAACAACAACAACCACAAACAAUGAAAUCCAAUACAUUGGUUUCUAUAAAUUGUUGUCAUAAUACAGAAUCAGUAAUGAUUCAACCAAUUACAUUAAAUUAUGAAACCAAUUUAAUUAUAAAUGAAGAGAAAACACGUCGUUCAAUGAAAACAAUCAAAGAUAAUAUUGCAUUUCAAAAUUUAAAAACAGCAGCAAUGUUAUUUGUUGUAGCUGUUGUUUAUAUUGUAACAUUUAUACCAGCUAUGUUAAUGGCUAUACAAUAUGUACCAUUAUAUUUACCAAUAUUUUAUUUAUAUUAUAUAAAUAAUGCAAUUAAUCCAAUUAUAUAUGGUUUUAUGAAUCCAAAUUUUCGAGCUGAUAUACAUCUACUUAUAUGUCAAAAAUUAAAAUGUAUAUAAAAUGAAUAUAUGAAUGAUACUUAACAAUAAUGAAUGAAAUGAAUAGAUCAUUUGAUUCAUUUUAUAUAUUGUUGAAUAAAAAGAUCUAAUCUUAUUCUAAAUGUAUGGAUCAAUUCUUCUUUAUUUGUAUUUAUACAUUCCUUGAAUUGAGAUUCGAUAGAUAUAUAUAAAGAGUAUUGUAUUAUUGUAUUACAUAAUAUAUAUUGUCUAUGUCUAUUAUAUCCUAAUUAAUUGUAUAUAAUGUCAUACAAGUUGCAUAUGACUUUAUUAUAACUGCAAUAACGAAUAUUAUUGUUAAAUUACAUAUGUAUCUAAACAUAAAUGUUAUUUCAUUACUAUACAUCAUAAAAAAUUAGUGGAGACAUUCUUUUUGUUCUCAUGAACGUUGAACUAGUUGUUCUAAAAGCAAUUCUGAAGUUUUAUUCGUUAAUAGGUUUUGAGUAACUUCAAAAGAAGAACUAUUUUAAAACCGAAAUAAACUGACAUGGAUAAAGUAACACUGAACACUAAAACAAACAAAAAAUAUUCUAAAUAAUUCGGAUUCAUUUUCUCCCUUUUAUCCAGUCAUGCAAUGUAACAAUAAAUCUUAUAAGUAUGAUAACCAUCCUAUACGAUUCAUUUAUUAUUCGAUUUUAGACAAAUUAAAACAAAAUAAACAUAUUAAAUUUCAAAGCAUAAAUUCAAUAUUAAAUCAACAAUUUUAUUUGAAUGGUUGAUAUUAUGAGUCAAUUGAAGCUAGAC